UUCCCUCCUCAACUGCCGGUUCCACCCAAAGUUCAUGCAUGCCUCCACAAAGGUGACAUGAUGGAUAUCACCACCAAAAGCUGAGAUGAAACGCCAAGAGGCCGGCCAGUUCUUCGCUCACGCUGAUCCAGCAGACAUGGCUGUCGCCGUGGCUCUCGCCGUCGCGGCGGUGGCGUAUUGCACGGCGGCGGCGGCGGCGGAAAGCCGGUGGAGGACGGGCUGGGACGAUGUCACGCACGAUGGCCGGGCUCUGGUAGUGAGCGGCGCACGGAGGAUGCUCUUCUCCGGUGACAUGCACUACUCCAGGAGCACCCCUGAGAUGUGGCCAAAACUCAUAGCGAAAGCAAAGGCAGGUGGCCUCGAUGUGAUACAAACAUACGUCUUUUGGAAUGUUCAUGAGCACAUCCAGGGUCAGUAUAACUUUGAGGGCAGAUAUGAUCUUGUGAAAUUCAUCAGAGCAAUUCAAGCUAAAGGGCUCUAUGUAAGCCUCAGGAUUGGUCCCUUUGUAGAAGCAGAAUGGAAGUACGGAGGGUUUCCAUUUUGGCUGCAUGAUGUUCCCAACAUUACCUUCCGAACUGACAAUGAGCCUUUUAAACAACAUAUGCAAAAUUUUGUCACAAAGAUAGUAACUCUGAUGAAACAUGAAGGGCUUUAUUACCCACAAGGUGGCCCCAUCAUCAUUUCUCAGAUUGAGAAUGAAUACCAGAUGGUUGAGCAUGCAUUUGGCUCAGGUGGACCACGUUAUGUUCGUUGGGCAGCUGCAAUGGCUGUAAAUCUCCAGACAGGUGUUCCAUGGAUGAUGUGCAAGCAGAAUGAUGCUCCAGAUCCAGUUAUUAAUACCUGCAAUGGGCUCAUUUGCGGAGAAACCUUCGUUGGACCAAACUCACCUAACAAGCCUGCAUUGUGGACAGAAAAUUGGACAUCUCGCUACCCUAUAUAUGGCAAUGACACAAAAAUGAGAUCGCCAGAAGAUAUUGCCUUUGCAGUUGCAUUAUUUAUAGCAAGGAAGAAAGGUAGCUUUGUUAGCUACUACAUGUACCAUGGAGGGACAAACUUUGGGAGGUUUGCUGCUUCAUAUGUAACAACAAGCUACUAUGAUGGAGCUCCCCUUGAUGAAUAUGGUCUAAUAUGGCAACCUACAUGGGGUCAUCUUAGAGAAAUGCAUGCAGCAAUAAAGCACUCAUCAGAACCAUUACUAUUUGGGAGCUACUCCAAUUUUUCAUUAGGUCAACAACAAGAGGCACAUGUUUUUGAAACAGGUUACGAGUGUGUGGCUUUUCUAGUAAACUUUGAUCAACAUAAUACGCCAAAAGUGGAAUUUCGUAAUAUAUCUCUGCAGUUGGCCCCUAAAUCUAUCAGUAUUCUCUCAGAUUGCAGAAGUGUAGUUUUUGAAACGGCCAAGGUAAAUGCUCCGCAAGGUUCAAGAACAGCUAAUAUCGUACAGUCUCUCAAUGAAAUUAAUAAUUGGAAGGCAUUCAUAGAACCAGUUCCUCAAGACAUGAGCAAGUGUAUGUACACCGGAAACCAGCUAUUUGAACAGCUCACAACAACUAAAGAUGAGACAGAUUAUCUGUGGUACAUUGCCAGCUACGAAAACAGAGCAAGUGAUGGUGAUCAGCUUGUACGUCUCUAUGUUGUGUCACUAGCACAUAUAUUGCAUGCUUUUGUUAACAACGAAUACAUAGGAAGUGUACAUGGGAGCCAUGAUGGACCUCGCAACAUAGUUCUCAACACACACAUUUCUCUUAAGGAAGGAAAUAACACUAUAUCAUUGCUUAGUGUAAUGGUUGGAUCACCGGACUCUGGUGCCUACAUGGAAAGAAGAUACUUUGGGAUUCAGAAAGUGGGUAUACAGCAGGGACAACAGCCACUGCAUCUCCUUAACAACAAUCUAUGGGGAUACCAAGUUGGCUUAUUUGGAGAAGAGGAUAGAAUCUACAUGCAAGAACAAACAGACAGUGUUGGAUGGAUGGAUAUCAAUAAUUGGACAUAUCAUCUGCUUACUUGGUAUAAGACAACAUUUGCCACACCAGUCGGCGAUGACGCAGUGACACUAAACCUUACUAGCAUGGGAAAGGGGGAGGUAUGGGUCAACGGAGACAGCAUCGGACGUUACUGGGUCUCCUUCAAGGCUCCAAGUGGGCAGCCCUCUCAAUCACUGUAUCACAUACCACGAGGCUUCCUGAAACCUAAAGAUAAUCUCCUCGUCCUUGUUGAGGAAAUGGGAGGCGACCCGCUACAGAUUACGGUGAAUACAAUGUCAGUCACAAGAGUAUGUGGCAAUGUCGACGAGUUCUCGGUCCCCCGUCUCCAGUCUAGAGGAAAGGAUCCGAAGGUGCGCAUUUGGUGCCAAGGAGGCAAACACAUCUCAGCAAUUGAGUUUGCAAGUUAUGGGAACCCCAUGGGAGACUGCAAAAACUUCAGCAUUGGAAGUUGCCAUGUAGAAUCAUCAGAAUUCGUUGUAAAGCAGUCUUGCAUAGGUAGGAGGGGAUGUUCGAUUCCAGUAUUGCCAGCCAAGUUUGGAGGUGACCCGUGCCCUGGAAUCCAAAAACGUCUUCUAGUUGUGGCGGAUUGCAAGUGAUGCACCACAUGCAAUUAAUCGUGGGGAAUCGCGAUUUCAAUAUAGAGGAAACAAAAUCAAAACAAGCAAUCACUAUUCUUGAAAAAGCGUGAACAAACUGAGGCGUAGUCGCCUCUCAUGUAAAUUCUUCUGUGAAUGGAUUGUAUGCGAAAUAGCAAAAGCAAUAUUAGUUUCGAGAGCAGUAGUUUUACCUUCU